GCCGCGCGCGCGCCGCGCCGCGCCGCAGAACCCUUUUAAGUGGCGGCCGGAGGCCGGAUAGCGAUCGUGAACGCGAUGGCAAGCCUGGGCCGCCUGCUGUGCGCGUGGGGUUUGCUGCUGUGCGGGCUUGCAAGCCCCGGGCUGUCCGGAUCCUAUGAGCGCGGCUCCAAGCGUCCCAUCAUCGGAAUAAUAAUGCAAGAAUGUUAUGGGAACAUGACGAAGUUGGGAAGAUUCUACAUUGCUGCGUCCUAUGUGAAGUUUAUAGAGUCUGCAGGUGCAAGAGUCGUGCCCAUAAGGCCCGACCUUAGUGAUGCACAGUAUGAAACACUUUUUAGAUCUAUUAAUGGAGUCCUCUUGCCUGGAGGGGGUGCUAACCUAACACAUUCAGGUUAUUCCCGUGUGGCCAAAAUAUUUUUCACCAAGGCUCUAGAGAGUUUUGAUAAUGGAGACUAUUUUCCUGUGUGGGGAACAUGCCUGGGACUUGAGGAGCUUUCCGUCCUGGUUAGUAACGACAACUUACUAACACUCACAAACACCAGCUCAGUGAAAUUGCCUUUGAACUUCACGAGAGAUUCAAAGCAGAGCAGAAUGUUCAGGAAUCUUCCUGAGGAGUUAUUGAAUUCAUUAGCAUCAGAAAAUCUGACUGCAAAUUUUCACAAGUGGAGCCUCUCUGUGAAGAACUUUACAGAAAACGAGAAGUUAAAGAAGUUUUUCAAUAUAUUAACAACCAAUACAGAUGGCAAGACUGAGUUCAUCUCAUCCAUGGAAGGAUAUAAGUAUCCAGUAUAUGCUGUCCAGUGGCAUCCUGAGAAAGCACCAUUUGAGUGGAAGAAACUGCGAGGCAUUUCCCAUGCACCCAAUGCUGUGAAGACUUCAUUUUACUUAGCAAAAUUUUUUAUUUCUGAAGCUCUGAAAAAUGAUCACCACUUUGAGAACGAACUUGAAGAGACUGAAUCCUUGAUUUACCAGUUCUGUCCAGUUUAUACUGGAAAUAUUUCUUCAUUUCAGCAAGCUUAUUUGUUUAACUGAAAGACUUCAAUAUGGUAACAGAGCAACUUUGAAUAAUUCUGUGAUUGAAUUGCUAACACUGCUCAGGGCAGUGUGAGAAAGCCACACAGAUGCCUUUGCUGUGUGCCUGGUUCUGAUUCAUGGCUUAAUAAUGAUUAUUUUUAUCAGAUUUGAUAACCCGACAAUGAAAAAGAUAAAAAAAAAUCAUAGUGUUUUAGGUCUGAAGAUUCUAAAAUACAAGUUUUUGAAAAUA